GCUCGCCACCCGGUGCACUAGCUGCGCAGCUUUGGUUGCUUAGGAACGGCCAAAUGCAGGUAAUACAUCAAGACAGCUGUAGCAUGCUAGCUCGCAACCAGGCUGCGUGACCAAGCUAACGCCACAACUGAUUUAGGCAUAGACUAUUGGGUUAGCGUUAAAUUUAUGAACGCAUAUUUUAACACUGGCUUUAACAAAACGUAGCUAUAACCGACUGGAAUGACAAGCCUCUAACCGGUCGCAAUCAGAUCGAUUGUAAUAAACUGACGCUAGUAAUUUUAGUGCAUUUAUCCUAUGAGCUAGCUGACAACUUGGUGCUUCACUGGCUGCAUCGUGUUCGUGAGCUAGCUUACCACAUACCACCUUGCUCACCGGCUAUAAUCGGAAUCCGAUCGAUCCUGUUGCAUAAAGAUGAUGGUGGCAUAGUGAGGAAGCUGGUCAGUCUGGCUGGUUGAGGUGUAGAGGGGACGCCACAAACCACGCCAGAAUUCUGACUAAUGACACUUUCACUGCCCUCGGUAAAUCUCCUCAUCUCCAUGUCUCUCCCUGGAUCAUAGCUACAAAUAUGGUGACUCUUAUAACAGAGCAACUUCGUAAGCAGAGUUUAGAAGAACCCUAUCACAAGGCCUUCUCAUUCAGUGUGAAUGUGUCAUUCUGUUUGUUACAGUCAUUACCUACAGUGGGCUCCAGUCCCACUGUCUCGUGGAGUGCUCAUAAAACGACACAAGAGAGCUACACCUCAACUACACAUCCAUCAUCUAUUGCCAGUGUUCUGGAUGACUCCUGUGGACUUGAUUCACUAUGGCCUACUUCUCACUCUGGAGAAUCACUCCGGGGACCAGAACGUCCCUUCAAGGUUUUCCAAAGUUCACCUCCACCACCUCCAAAACGCCACUGCCGGUCCCUCUCUGUGCCAGAGGAUCUAUCUCAGUGCCGCACCACCUGGCAUCCCAGCGCAUCAAGGGUUUGGACCCCGGUGAAACGUAGCUGUCACAGUGGAGGAGCAUCUAGUUCAGGCUCUGGAGCCAGCUCUUUGCCACUUUGUGGUCCUAGUUCCUCCUUCCCCUCUUCCUCCAUACACUCAUCUGCUAGUCCUACCUUCUUUAGCUUAGCGCUAUCGUCUGACUCCCCGGUAUCAUGGGGUUUCCCAUGGGACCCCUGCGAUACACUGAAAGGAGCGUGUUCUGCUUCCUUUGCUACACCUUCUUCGUGCUCUUCUUCGCCGGCCCCGCUGACCUCACACUAUGUGCUGCAGCGUCGCUUCUCCCUCUCCCCUGUACACAUUCAGAAGUCCCCUAUGGUGCCCUUGCCCCCCCAACCCUGUCCAAGUUCAGCUCUGAAAUGUGGCCGUUCUGACUUGGAGCACCCAGCCCUGUCUCCAUCUCCCACUUCAGCCUGCAGCACACCAUCCUCAUCUAGGCGUGACCUCCACCCUGCUUUGCCACGAUGCCACUCGCAGCCCUGUGACAUGCGCAAACCUCGCUUAAAGAGGCGCCAUGACCCAGAUGUUCUGCCCUACCCGAGGCCAGUCCUCGACUUCAGCAAGAUGACACAGAUUGGUAAUCGUGAGAGCCCUGCAUGUGGACCAGGUAGCGGUUUGGUUCCAGUGACCUCGCAGGUGGAACGACGUUCAGCUUUCUCUCCGGCAGAGUUCCUGGGACGAGCCAGCAUCGGGCCGCUCAGUGAAAGCGAGGAAGAGGAAGACGAAAGGAGGCCUGCAGAUGGAGGACAAAAGAUUGUUUUUGAAAGAGACUGUACAGAAUUGGAUCUGAACCUUAUAGAAGAAAACUGAUCGCUCCUUGGUGCUCUCAGUGUGAUAACUGCAUUCAUAACCAUGUUAAGCACACCUGCAGGCUUUUUUUUUUUUUUUAAUAUAACAUGCUCUUCUGGCAGUUGGUGGAAACCUGCUGCCCUCUCUAUACAAAUGUCUAGACUUUAAAAGUAAGAUCCAAUGACCCCAUGUGGGAGGCUAAUAUCCAAUGACAUUGCUGCGAUCAUAACACUUGAGCUCGCUCACUAUUCAAAAUUGCACAAAUUUUGUCAGUGCCGGCCUGUAGAAGCACUCCUUAAGGAAAUGUGCAUGAGCGAACAAGCAAGAUUUAAUGCGCACACAUUUUUGACUAAUAUUUGAUAUUAAGACGAGUCUUAAUUAGCAAAAGCCAUUGGUUUGCAUCUUGAUAGCCUUACAUAUCCUUAUCAAAGAACUUUAUAGCCAGGGGUUGACAGAAUGUUUCUAUUAUAUGACACACACUAAAUGCCAGUAACUGAAUGAGACCGAUUGUUGUUCAGUGCUGCUUCUGAUACUCGAGCAGACUACUUUUGUAUUCGGCUGACUGAUUUAAAUGAGAGCUGUUCAACGGUAGCUAAAAUGUUGCUAUGUGUAAGAUUAAAAAAAAAAAGCCCAUACAAUAAGUAUCCAUAUUUAAGUGUUCUAUGUAUUUAACAGGAUACAUUCCACUUUUUUAAAAUCUCGCCUAAAGCCUGUUCACUUUUACUGCUGUUCUGUUUGUUUGUUUUUUUCAGAUAAAUUCUGCUUUUCUUCUGGCACAAACGAUAUAACACACCCUAUACGUUACAUUAUGUUUUUGGAGUUUGUGUAAUUGCUUUGACAUUGACACACUUUGUCAACAGCGACACGGCUUACAUAAACUGACCAUGCCUUAAGCUUAAAAUACAGAGUUCUUGGUGCUGUGCUCUUGAUUUUCCACAGCCAGGCUCCCCGUUUGCACUGAUUGAGAUAUUUCUGAAUUCAAGGCACAUACACU